CGGAGAAGUCUCAAGCAUGGAGGCUCCUACCAGUACUUUGGACGGCACCAUUUUGAAGCUUCCAGGGAAGCUCGACAACCUACUGCGUCACGGCUGCACCCUGCCCAAGGGCGUGGCGGAUGAGAUACUCCUCAUCAAGCUUGAUCUCGAGAAAAUCAUAGCUAUUUCCUCAAACCUGCAGGAGGACGACCAUGCUAUGAUGGUCAGGUGCUGGAGGAAGGAGGUGCGCGAGCUGUCAUACGACAUGGACGACUUCGCCGACCAAUACGAGCACGCCGCUGCCAUGACCUGUGCUAGAUCCAUUCGUGGUCGGGAGAUUACUCGGCGGUGUAAGAGCAAGAGAACUCUCCCUUGGAUCCGGGAAAAGCUGAGGCAGCGCCUGUGGAUGGCCAACAAGAUCAGAGAAUUCAGCGAGCGCGCACAAGAGGCACUUGAGCGCCACAGGUUGUAUAACCUUGACGCCAUUGCUGGCUCCGCUUCCUUUAGCUGUACUGAUGGUGCAUAUCCCACCUCUUGGAAUGGCACACCUUGUGGGGAAGAUAAGGCUUAUGUUGCUAUCGAUGCUGCUAUGGAAGAGCUCGAAGAGUUGCUGAUGAUGACCCAUGAUCAAGGGCACCAGAAGCUUCAGGUUGUGUCCAUUGUUGGGUUUGGAGGAAUUGGGAAGACGACACUUGCCAUGGAACUUUACCGCAAGCUUGGGCAGCAGUUCGAAUGCCGGGCAUUUGUGCGGACUUCCCAGAAGCCUGAUAUGAGGAGGAUUUUCAUCAGCAUGCUCUCCCAAGUUCGUCCUCACCAGCCACCUGACAAUUGGACAGUACAUGGCUUAAUUUCCACCAUCAGGACACAUCUCCAAGAUAAGAGGUACUUGAUUAUAGUUGAGGAUUUAUGGACUACAUCAACAUGGGACAUUGUUAAACACGCUCUACCAGAUAGCAAUUGUUGCAGCAGAAUACUAACAACAACAGAAAUUGAGGAUCUAGCUCUGCAAUCUUGUGACCAUGACCCCAAGUAUGUUUAUAAGAUGCAACCGCUUGGGGAAGAUAACUCAAGAAAAUUGUUUUUUAGUUCAGUUUUUGGCCCUCAAGAUGAAUGUCCUCCAGAACUCAGGGAAAUUUCUCAUGAUAUUAUUAGGAAAUGUGGUGGUUUACCACUGGCUAUUGUGACUGUUGCCAGUAUUUUAUCAAGUCAGCCAGGCAAGCAAGAUCGAUGGGAUUAUGUCAAUAAAGCCAUAGGUUACAGUUUGUUGACUAAUCCUACCUGGGAAGGGAUGAAACAAAUCUUCGACCUUAGUUACAACAAUCUUCCCCAGCAUUUGAAAGCAUGCAUCUUAUACACUGGUUUGUAUGAAGAGGACAUUGUAAUUUGGAAGGAUGAUUUAGUUAACCAGUGGCUAGCUGAAGGUUUUAUCCAAGCAAAAGAAGGGCAAGACAAGAAGGAAAUUGCAAGUUCAUUUUUCGAUAGGCUUAUCAAUGAAAAACUGAUCCUUCCUGUAGAUGUAAAUAAAAAGGGUGAGGUUUUGUCCUGCACAAUUCAUCACAUGGUACUAAAUCUUGUUAUUAGAUGCAAGUCAAUAGAAGAGAAUUUUGUGACCGCAAUACAACAUUCUCAAGCAACAACCACACUCGCUGACAAGGUUCGUCGACUGUCUCUCCAAUUUGGUAAUGCAGAAGAUGCAAUAACACCGCCAAAUAUGAGAUUGUCACAUGUUCGAACACUUGCCUUUUGGGGUGUCUUCCAGUGUUUGCCUUCCGUUGUGCAGUUUCGCCUUCUUCAAGUUCUAAUUCUCCAUUUUUGGGGCGAUAAGGAUAGCAUAAGUUUUGACAUCACUACAAUUUCAGAACUUUUUCGACUGAGGUAUUUGAAGGUUACAUCUAAUGUCACCUUGGAACUACGUACUCAGAUGAGAGGUCUGAAUUCUCUGGAAACACUUACAAUAGAUGCACGAGUUAGUUCAGUUCCAUCAGAUAUUGUUCACUUGCCAGGCUUGCUGCAUCUUAGUCUUCCUGCUGAGACAAACCUGCCCAAUGGGAUUGGCCACAUGACAUCGCUUCGCACACUUGGAUGUUUUGAUAUCUGUAGUAAUUCGAUAGAGAAUGUACAGAGCCUAAGCAUGCUGACAAAUCUUGAAGAUCUUCAGCUCACCUGUUCUACAGUACAGACAGAAAAUCUGAAUAGCAAAAUGCAAUUCAUGCUGAACUCGAUUCUAGGGAGACUCAGUAACCUCAAGUCUCUGACUCUGGCAUCAAGAGCUCCCAGUUAUGCAAAAUCUAUUGGUGCUACCGGCAUGACCAUUUCUGGUGGCUUCAGCUAUUUGUCCUCUGCCCCAGCUCUUCUUCGGAGUCUUGAGGUUUCACCUCAAAUUUGCAUAUUCUUGUACACCCCCAAGUGGAUCGGACAACUCCGCGAGCUCUGCGUCUUAAAGUUUGGGGUUAGAAGAAUAGACAGGGAUGGUGUUGAUGUUCUCCGAGGAUUGCCUGCUCUUUCUGUUCUCACCCUGUAUGUUCAGACCAAGCCUGCAGCGAGGAUAGUCAUUGGGAAGACCGGAUUUCCAGUUAUAAAAUACUUCAGGUUCAAGUGCUGUGACGAUUUGCUGGAAUUCGAGGAGGGUGCUAUGCCUAAUCUCCGCAAGCUGAAGCUUGCUUUCAAUGCCAACAGCAAUUCUGACCAACAGAGCACAAUGCCUGUCGGCAUCGAGUACUUGUCAGAGCUGAAUGAGGUAUCUGCAAAAAUUGGUGGUGUUGGUCCUGAGGAAUCCCACAGAAGGGCUGCCGAAUUGGCAUUCAGAGAUGCCAUCAGGGUGCAUGCUAGAUUUCAGAGAGUCAAUGCACAAUGUGUAAAGCAGAUCAUUGAAUGUAAGGAUGAUCAGAGUAGCGUAACAACAGUGGGGUAUUCGGAUGAUCAUAGUAGCGUAACAACAGUGGGGUAUUCGGAUGAUCAUAGUAGCGUAACAACAGUGGGGUAUUCUACCCACAAAAGAAAAACAGUAGGGUAUUCGCCUCAAGACAGCAUCCCAAGAGAGCAAACGGUGACAGCCUCACCGCACAGCGACGGGUACCAGUGGAGGAAGUACGGCGUGAAAAAGAUCGCCGACACACAGUUCCAGAGGUUCUAUUACAGGUGCAAAUUCCGCCGCGAGCGCAACUGCCGGGCCACCAAGCAGGUGCAGCAGUGCAGCAACGGUGACCCGUGCAACCCGCCCCAGUUCGUGGUCACGUACUUCAACGAGCACACGUGCGACACGACGGCCAGCUGCGAGCCCGAGGCGGCGGCGAAGCCGGCGAUGCCAUUGCCGCCUGGCCUGCUGUCCGGGGCCGGGCUGGUGGCCAGCCAGGGCGGCUUGCUGUCGCUGGGGCUGGACGAACGCGGCGUCCAGGCGUUCGGCUCGCCGCUCGUGUACGCGCUGGGGGCCGACGACGACGACCUCCCGCAGUCUCCCGCCGGGGGCAGCGGGACCACCAGCUCCGCCGUCACCUUCGACAUGGCCAGGGGUGGGGCUUCGUGCGCAGGAGCGGGUGGGGAUGCGGCCAUGCCCAAAACAGAAGCAGGCCCUGAAGGAGAAGACAGUUGUUGAAGAUGAGGUCCUGGGGGAGCAGAACAGGGGUAAGGCUACUCAGGGAGGUGUGCGCACAGCUGAGCAGAUUUCAAAUGACUGCUAUUUUUCAAGGUAGUUCAAAGCGUGGAUCCAUGUUGGUCAGAGUGUCCUUUCCUCUUUGGUGAAACUCUCUGCUGUGAGGGUGGGGCACAGUGGUAGACCCAAUGAAGGAGGAGGCUGGCCUGCACCUGCAGGCUCUAAAGGCGCCGCAUGCGGUUUCAGAGGCGACAGCACCCCCUGUAUUUAGCUGUAUCCCUGAUGAGCAGAUGGUCACGGGCAUUCAGCGGCAUCAAUCCAUGGAGGAGGCUACGCUAAUUGGUCGGGUUCUCCCAAGCGAUGAACUGCAUGGAUCUCUGGGUGAUGACCUUCUGCGGACUAUUUUGCCGCCAAGCACCGCUCACAGUGGAGCUGGUCAAGAGGGUGGGAUGGUCACAAGCGGGUCGGCUGUAGAUACUGGGCUGAUUGUGGAGCAGCCCCUGGGUUUGGGCCUGGUUUCUUCUCAGGUGGUUCAUCAAUCUGUCACUAGGCCGGUGCUGGACUGGGCUGGCCCAACCUCUCCAGCUGUGGGGGAGGCCGCCACUGAUUCAAAUCGUCUGCUGCACUUCUCUGUUCCGAUCAAAAGGCCAGUUCUGCAAACGCCAGUUGCAAAACUCAGGGCUACAUCUGCGGCAAAGAAAAGGAUGGAUACUUUAAUCCCACAAAAGGAGAAUUUAGGCAGCACAACAAGAUCGGAGCGACGCAGUUCGCGGCUAGCAAACAAACCACGGUCCAACCUGUCUGUCGAGGAGCAGGCCACGGCCUUGCUGAUCAAGAAGUGUGGUUUAGCAGAAAAUAUCACGACUCCGACUGUUGCUAAUCAGAACAAGCUGCACACCCAGUUCGUUGGUCCGCUGGAAGCAAAUGUGGUUGGGGGGUUGCGGGACAUGUUUGGUUUGUCGGAAGAAGGGGCUCCUGACAAGUUGGGGGCCCUGCUCAUUGAUGCUGAAGCCUAGGCGGCUGUUGAUGCCGCGAGAAGUGGUGUCCUUCUCUGAGUCUGUCAUGUUAGUCAUGUUAUUUAUGUUCUUAGUUCCUAGUGUCGUGGGUCUGGCUCAGUGGAGGAUACUCUGUAUCGUAGGAAGUAGUGGUGAUGUGUGUUGGAGUAGUAGUGUGGCGGUGGUAAGCCUGAGUAUGUUCACCCGAUACGGUGACAGUGUUGUAUCUUUAGUUAUCUAUGUUAGAGCAUGUCUGUAACAUCUUAAAUUGGAA